CAUUCUUGGUUCCUCUCAAUCACACUACAAUUGCUACACUAUAUCCUUCUUCCAAUCCCUCUUUGUUUUUGUGCUUCUCUAGUUUCAUCUAUCUAUAACCCAAAAGUGAAACACAAACACACCCAAAAGAAAAAAUGAUGAGUUGUGCCCAAGCAUGGCCAGAGCCUAUAGUUCGAGUCCAAGCCUUAGCUGAAAGUGGCCUAACCUCAAUCCCUUCAUGCUACAUCAAGCCACGUUCCCAAAGACCCACCAAAACCACUUUUGCUACUCAAAAUGAUCAUGAUCAUAUUAACAUCCCCGUGAUCGACCUUGAGCACCUCUCUAGCGAGGAUCCUGUCCUCAGAGAGACUGUGCUCAAGCGUGUCUCGGAGGCAUGUCGGGAGUGGGGGUUCUUCCAAGUGGUGAAUCAUGGGAUUAGUCAUGAGUUGAUGGAAAGUGCUAAGGAAGUUUGGCGUGAGUUCUUUAACCUUCCACUUGAAGUGAAGGAAGAAUUUGCUAACUCUCCUAGUACUUAUGAGGGUUAUGGUAGUAGGUUGGGAGUGAAAAAAGGUGCUAUUUUGGAUUGGAGUGACUACUUUUUUCUUCAUUCUAUGCCUCCUUCUCUUAGGAACCAAGCUAAGUGGCCUGCAACUCCAUCUUCCUUGAGGAAAAUAAUUGCUGAAUAUGGUGAAGAAGUGGUAAAGCUAGGAGGAAGGAUGUUGGAACUGAUGUCAACAAACCUUGGUUUGAAAGAAGAUUACCUUAUGAAUGCAUUUGGAGGAGAAAAUGAGCUUGGUGCUUGUCUAAGGGUGAAUUUCUACCCAAAGUGCCCACAACCUGACCUUACUUUAGGGCUAUCCCCUCACUCUGACCCUGGUGGUAUGACCAUUCUUCUUCCUGAUGAUUUUGUGUCUGGACUUCAAGUACGUAAAGGAAAUGACUGGAUCACUGUUAAGCCUGUCCCUAAUGCUUUUAUCAUCAACAUUGGUGACCAAAUUCAGGUGCUGAGCAAUGCAAUAUACAAGAGUGUGGAACAUAGGGUGAUUGUGAACUCAAUAAAAGAUCGUGUUUCUUUGGCCAUGUUUUACAAUCCAAAGAGUGAUUUGCUAAUUGAACCUGCUAAGGAGCUUGUGACAAAGGAAAGGCCAGCUUUGUACUCAGCAAUGACCUAUGAUGAAUACAGACUUUUUAUUAGGAUGAAAGGACCUUGUGGAAAGACUCAAGUUGAAUCAUUGGCUUCACAAGUGUAAUUAGUUCCAAUAAUAAUUAAUCAUGUAAUUUGCAAAUGACAUGAUUAGCAUAUAAUUAAAUAAUUGGAUAUGUUGCUCUUGGGUUGGGUAGGUUUAACUUAUUAUCAUGUCUUUAGUUUGGGGUUCAAUUGAUGAAAAAUAAAAAGAAAGAAUUGAAUCACAUGUUUAUUUCAUGUUUUAUCUUCUGAGUUAUUGGCUUGGUCUAUUCAGGGAAAAAAAUUCAAUAAUGGUGAGUGAUAGGGUAAGCAUAUAUGUACACCUUUUUCCCAUGUUACUAGUUACUAUAGUGGGAUGCUGACUAAAAGCUUACGAUAUGUCGAUGAUAAUGAAAGUAUGUGAUGUUGAUUUGUUUGACCAA